UCGCCAUGUUGGUUUGGUGCUCGCGUUCAGGUUUCAGUUCACACAUGGUGCGGGAAGACGGGGGCGUCUGGUAAAUAGGUGUUGUAUCAGUGAAUUAUGGUGUAGACUGCUGUUUGUCUUGGAGGAAGGUAUUUCACAGUAUCUGUUAGCAUCUCGAGAAUGGCCCAGGGAUACGACGGCAUGCAGCUUGACGAUCCGGAGGCUGGAAGCGAGGCGGCGGCGAAAAAGUCCUCCACCCGGCGACCCAAGGAGAUGAGGGUCAAGCUAGAGCGGAGCCGCCAGAGCGCGCGCGAGUGCCGCGCCAGGAAGAAGCUGCGCUACCAAUACCUGGAGGAGGUGGUGCGCACCCGCGAGCAGGCCAACCUGCUGCUGCGCAAGGAGCUCGAGCAGUACUUGAAGUGGAAUCAAGAACUUGAUGAGGGCCGACUACCAGAAGGUCUAAAGAAGUUGGUAGAGGAGGAUCAGUUGCAGCAACAGCAUCAGCAGCAUCAACAACAGCAGCAGCAAUCGUCCUUUACACAACAGCAGCAGCAGCAACAACAGCAGCAACAGCAGCAGCAGCAGCAGCAGCAGCAGCAGCCUCAGCAGUAGUGGUUCAGUGAUGCUGCUCAGGGAGUUUGGAGCUGGAGACAAUGGACUGGCACUGCACCCUGCUGCGCUGCAGCCCGGCGCACAAGAGCCGCCGUCGCUCUGGCCGGGACAGAGGGCUGGCAGCACCAGACAACACACGUGAUCGCCACGUACGAGUUGGGGUAGGGGGUGUGGGUCGGAGGCGGAGGCGUCGUUCCGUUGGUGAUGUAUUGCUUAGUCUCCGCUGCGUGGCGCCACUGUGCUGGCUGUCCGCCAUUUUAAAUGGGGAUUUGCUGGCGGAUAUGACUGGGUAACGUAGCGCUUGUCUCGGAACUAGUGUUAGCUGUCGAAGGAGUUUUGUUAACGUUGUGGAAUGUCAAGGACAAAGGGCCCAUGCUGCCGUGGCAGUUGUCUUUGAUGGCGAGUGGUCGGUGGAAUGUAAUAUCUCAUGUCGCACACGAAAUGAGACAGUUGCUUUUAUCGCAGUCAUUUGGUUGAUUUGCCUGAAUGCUUGGGUAUAUUGUGUGCCGCAUUGUCACUCUCCGUUAUGUGUCCUGUAGACUACGGCUUGAGUUUGGCGACAUUUGCACGGCAGAAGUUUGUAAGAAUACAACCAUACGUAAUGCCGCGA